AUGGGGCUCUGGCACCACCACGUACGAGUGCGUGUUGUUAGAGGCCCGGCGUUCCCAGCCACCACAUGGCCGCAACCUAGGAACCUAACCCUAGGAACGGGUGCCGUGGAAGCCACGAGGCGAUGGCCCGGGGGGCAGGGAGGGGGCUUGUUUCCUGCUGCGGGUGAUGGGCUGGUAAGGUUGCUUGUGUUGGAGAGCGGCAGUGCGACGUAG